AUGGAUUCCGAAGAUGAGUACAAGAAUGUUGACAGUGAUUUCGAGACCUUUGAUGAUGACGAUGGUGAUUAUACUGAUUGUAUUGAUUCUGAAGAUGAAAGUGAUUCGAGUGAUGAUGGUAUUGUUUUUGGUGUUGAGGAGGAUGACGAGGUUGUUGGUUCAGAUAAACCCGGUAGUGAUCGCCAUGAGAAGAGUUAUACAGUUCUUUUAGAAGAGGAUAUACGUCAGCAACAGCAAAAAGAUAUUACACAGGUAUCUAAUACUCUUUCGAUUUCAAGAGUAUCAGGUACCAUCUUGCUAAGACACUACAACUGGGAUGUGGAAAAAGCACAUGAAGCAUGGUUUUCUGACGAAGAAAAAGUUCGCAAGGAUGUUGGCUUGUUAGAAGUAGUUCCCGUUCAAUACACAGACAAUACAAUCAGGUGUGGGAUCUGCUUUGAUGAUUUCCCUCGCGAUAAUAUGUGUGCUGCUUCUUGUGGUCAUCUCUUUUGUAAUUUGUGCUGGACACAAUACAUUAACAUAAAUAUCAAUGACGGACCUGGGUGCUUAAUGUUGCGGUGCCCUGAGCCGUCCCGUGCUGUCGCUGUUGGUCAAGACAUGGUUAAUGAAUUGGUUUCUGAUGAAGAUAAGGAAAAGAAUUGUCGCUACCUUUAUAAAUCAUACAUCGAAGAUAGGAGAAAGACGUCCAAAUGGUGCCCUGGUGGAUGCGAGUUUGCUAUCGAAUUCGACACGGGUAGUUCAAGUUACGAUGUUGUUUGCGGUUGUGGACAUAGCUUUUGCUGGAAUUGCCUUACCGAUGCACAUCGUCCAGUGGACUGCGACACUGUGCACAAUUGGGCCGUGAAGAAUACUGCUGAAUCUGAAAACCUAACUUGGAUAUUAGCUAACUCCAAAUCUUGUCCAAAGUGCAAAAAACCAAUUGAGAAAAACGAUGGGUGCAUGCAUAUGAAAUGCCCUUGCGGAUUUCAUUUCUGCUGGCUCUGCCUUGGUGCUUGGUCAAUUCAUGGGAAGCGUACAGGUGGUUAUCUUGCGUGUAAUAUCUACGAUAAAGCAAAGGCAGAGGGAUUAUAUGAUGAAGAGGAAAACUUAAAAGAAAAGGCCAAAAAUUACUUGGAUAGAUAUGCGUUUUACUUCGAAAGGUUUGUAGAAAACCAAAAGUCAAGGCUGAAGGCAGUCGAAAGUUUAAAGAAAAUGCAAUCUCAGGAUUCAGGGAAGCUUAUUGCCAAAUAUGGCUUGUCUGAAAUGGAGCUUCGGGUUAUUACGGAUGCUUGGCUACAGAUUAUCGAAUGCAGGCGUGUUCUAAGGUGGAUAUAUCCCUACGGAUAUUACUUACCUCAAAGUGAACAUGCAAAGAAACAGUUCUUCGAGUACUUGCAAGGUGAAGCGGAGUCUGCGUUGGAAAGGCUCCAUCAAUGUGCAGAGCAGGAAUUACAAACAUAUCUGGAAGAAGAUGAUUCACCCAAAGAAUUCAAAGGUUUCCAUACAAAGCUAUUUGAACUGACCAAAACCACAAGGAUCUACUUUGAAAACCUAGUUCGUGCUCUAGAGAAUGGUCUUUCAGAUGUAAACUCGCACGAGAAUGGUAUCUGCGGAAGGACAAAAUGGCUCAAUCUUUCAGAAAAAGGAAUCGAAGGAAGAGGCGGGACUAGUAUGAGUUCGUGGCUGCAGCGAUUUUCUUUUUGGACACGCGCAGUACUUGCUAUUUGGGUUUUACUUUUGUGUGUGCUAGAGUUCAGGCGUAGAUUUAUUUAA